UUCUGUGGUAGAUCAGAGAAACAGAAGUGUUUUUCCAGCUCUUUUGUCCCGUACAAAUUCUAAGUUCUUUUAGUUUCUUAAUCUUCUCUGCGGAUCACCUCCUCUGUCUUGGUAGCUCCCCAAGAAGAGGAAUUCAAAUUCAGGAAACGAUGAAAAGACUCCAGACCCAGAUCCGUGUCCUUUAAAUAGUGUUCUCUCCACUCGAGGCCCCACCCCAGCCACACCACCGACAGCAGGAAAGGUCGGAGGAGGUGGGGCAGGGGGCAGGCUGCAGAAGAGAAGGUGAGCUGAGGGAAGGAACAGGGUGGUUACCCAGAUACGAGCUGAGUUAACUGGCCUUUCGAGGUGCCAGGAGUUCGCAGACUGUGCGCGGGCAGUGCUGGCCAGCGCCUCGCCUGGGCUGGUGCCCAACGGCAGGCAGCUCCGGGCUCCGGGGCGGUGGGAGGGCUGCGCUUUCCUUUCACUUUCUCGGGCCGCCCAACCUGACACCUGGGGACAGAACUACAGUUCCCACCACGCAGCGAGGCAGCAGGAAGAAGGGGUCCUGAGGACCGACAAGAAAACAAGGAGAACAAGAAGACCUUACCUGCCAGCAGAGGUGAGAGAGGCACACAGGAAGCAGUGCGUUCCUCAGGAUCAAUGACAUUGAAGCAGAGGUAGAUAGCUGAGUAGACACGCUGAAGGUAUGAACAAAAUUUCAGCUCCAUCCUCGGCAGCAAGAGCCAUGCAGUUCUCCAGCUCAGCCAGGGCAGCAGAUGAGAACUUUGACUAUCUGUUCAAGAUUAUCCUCGUCGGGGACUCCAACGUGGGGAAGACGUGUGUGGUGCAGCAUUUCAAGUCCGGGGUCUACACGGAGACACAGCAGAACACGAUUGGGGUGGACUUUACUGUGCGCUCCCUCGAGAUCGACGGCAAGAAAGUGAAGAUGCAGGUGUGGGACACCGCAGGCCAGGAGCGCUUCCGGACCAUCACCCAGAGCUACUACCGCAGUGCCCAUGCAGCCAUCAUCGCCUACGACCUCACCCGGCGGUCCACCUUCGAGUCCGUUCCUCACUGGAUUCACGAGAUAGAAAAAUACGGAGCUGCGAACUUGGUCAUUAUGCUGAUCGGGAACAAGUGCGACCUGUGGGAGAAACGGCACGUCCUGUUCGAGGACGCCUGCACGCUGGCUGAGAAGUACGGCCUCCUCGCUGUCUUGGAGACGUCAGCCAAGGAGUCCAAGAACAUAGACGAAGUCUUCGUGCUCAUGGCCAGGGAGCUGAUCGCCCGGAACAGCCUGCACCUGUAUGGGGACAGCACCCUCAGCGCCCUGCCCCUGGACUCCAGUGCGGUGCUGGUGACCCAGGGGCCAAGUGAAAAGACCCACUGCUCUUGCUGAGCAAGUUCACGAGGCCGAGAGCACCCACGUGAGGCCACCUCCAGAACCAAAGGCAGCCAGAUCGCUUAGUUCGCUGAGUAGCAUUUCAGGCCCUGGUGUAGACUCGCAGCCGGUCCUCUCCUCAGUUCGGACCAGAGGCCACGACGGUUGGCUCUGAGGGCAGGGGACACCCCCGUCCUUCUUGAUUCGCCUUGGACUUAAAGGCACAGGGGUAGGAGGACAAGGUUUUCUCUUUUUCACCUUUUCCUUUUUUGCCUCCCCAACCCUUCAGCGGUGCUUCUACUGAAUUUUGAUUCUCGCUGGAAGAAGAGGGUAGUGAAGGAAAAAGAAGUACUAGGGUGGGGGGACCCCUGAGAACCCGGAAUCUAUCUAUAAAAAAUUGUGUAUUUAUUCUCACAUGCUUAAACUUCAGUCACCUCCAAAAAGCACUCUCCAUUUGAUGCAGUACACUUAUUGAGACUUCUUUCCACUGCUCCAAACAGUUUUGAACUCUUGGAUUUUGAUGCCUUUUAGCACUUCUGCCUUUUUUUUUUGUUUCACCUCUUCCACAUCAGCAAAAUGUUUCCCUUUGAGGACUUUUUUUCAUCCGAGGAAACAACCAAAAAAAGAGUGUGGCUCAGGGUGAGAGAGGGUGGACAGGGAAGGUGGGGCACGGGGUCCAUGCCUUUUUUGGUCAAAAACUGCUGAACACUCAGCGCGGUGUGGGCAGGUGAGCUUGUAAAUCAUCCGUCAUGAAAUGGGCAAAUGCACAGAGAGUCUUCAAAAAAAAUUUCACCAAAGCCGAACACAGCCUCUCACAACAACGCCAGCUAGUGCACUGAUACGGAUGGUUUUCUAGAACACUCGCCCAGCGGGGGAAGCCUGUACUGGAAGAGCCCACCCUCCAGAAGAUAAUCCCAGGUUUUGGGGGAUCUCCCCAUAUCAAGGUAGGGGAGAGGAUGUUUUGAACAUUCUGGAACAGUUUAAAACAGCUCGGGCAUGAGAGGAUGGGAAAAAGCCUGCAAUGAUAAACCAGAAGGCUGUUAACACUGGCUUCCUGACAGUCACACCUGAGGGCUUUAGGGUGGGGAGCAAAGCCUUUUGUCACAAAGACCAUACAGACCCCUCGCCACAUGGUCAGGUGCCAUAUGAUGGAGAUAGAGUUGGAUUUCACUCUAUUCUAGUUGGACUGAUUUGACCACCCUCGUAGAAUGUGGAAGAUAUCUACUGUUCCUUUCUAAAUGACCACAUUAGCCGCUGGAUAGAAGGCAUUCCUGAACUGGAAUUAAACGGGCUCAUGGAUGAACAGCAAACCGAUGCUGGCCUCGCAGGUGGCCCUGGUCGCACCACGUGGCCCCAGAACCUGUGACUGGGGCUCCACCGUUCCCCAAAGUUCCCUGCUGCUUGUUGCUGAGGCGCGUCUGGCAGUCACAGGGAGGGCCACAGGGGCCGGGCCGGCAGCAACACAACAACACGGCUCCACUCCUUGGGCCGCGUGAGUGCCCCAGGUGUUGCUAGCCUGUCGCUCUCGAUAGGCCGAGACCUGCACGAGACAAAUAGUCACUCGUUAUGUGUGUGGCUGCUGAGUACUCGAAGACAGAGGCUGAGCGGGCCCUGACGUUAAGGGCUCCCUCCCAUUUCCCUUCAUUUCUCUGCAUAUCUGUCUUGUCCAGCACUCCGAAAAACCCAGCAGCUUCUAGGCUUACGCGCUCUGGGGUUCAUCUGGAAGGAAAAUAUUCCCACCAACAGGUCAGACGUGGGAGAACAAGGUCACCUGAACAGCAGGAACCUGUGAUUAACCGGCUGUGACGGAAACCCUGGGGAGGGCCCCCGGGCUGGAGCGGCUUCUUUGGAUCAGGGCGCCCAGAGGUCUGUGGCCGAGGGAGGCGCAGGCGUCUGGGCAGCCAGAGCAGCCUGGGGCCUGGCGUGGGCGGCUGCCUCGGGCAGGUCCUCUGUGUGCCCACGGUCUCAGAAGGCGGCGUGGUAACCGAAUCCUGGCGUUUUUCUCACACUCCCCAAAUGGCACAGUUGGAAACAAGUUAUAUGAAAUGAAGUUACAAAAGGAACACGUUGGAAGAAUAAAAAGAUGGUCAAUGUCUUCAUAUUUGGUUCGCCGGUGUCAAGUACAUUUUCAUGUGUGCAAAAAUCUUUCAGUUAAUACUUCACUGUUCGUAGAUGGUUUCUGAAUCUCUCCCCCACCCCAUCAUGGGAAAGGCCCAUUUACUAGCAAUGGGAACAUUAUUAUGAUAGUACUGACAACCACCCACUCACACAGCAGUUACUACAUGCUCUGAGCUGGACUGAACGCUUUAUACCAACCCAAAGG